GUAAGUUGUUUAGAUAAAAAAAAAUUGUCCCAGAAAUGCUUCAAAGUGUUCUUAUGACUAUUAUUUGUUUCUCUUGUAGCAACAAUAGUUUAACACCAAUAAAUCAGUUGCUAACAACAUUACGAUUGUAUUCUUGUGGCAACCAUCAAACGGCAAUAUCAGAUUUUAUUGAAUGUCAUCAAACAACAGUUUCAAGGACUUUCAGGAGGGUUACAAGAGCAAUUUGCCUCACAAGGCCACAUCACAUGAGAAUGCCACAAAAUGAGCAUGAAAAGUUAAGAAUUUCAACAGACUAUUACAAUAUUUCCAGGUUUCCUAAGGUGAUUGGUUGUGUCGAUGGUACUUACAUUAGAAUUCAGUCGCCUGGAGGAGAUGAUGCCGAGGUAUUUAGGAAUAGAAAGGGAUAUUUUUCUAUUAACACCCAGGUUGUUGGGGAUUCACAGCUAAAAAUUCAAGAUAUUGUGGCAAGAUGGCCUGGUUCUGCACAUGAUUUAACUGUUUUUAAUAAUAGCAGGAUACGUGCAAGAUUUGAGGGACAAGAAUUCCAAGAUUCUGUUUUACUAGGCAGGUGAUAGUGGAUAUGCUAACCGCAAUUACCUGUUAGUACCCUUGUUAAAUCCCUCAAACCAUGCAGAGGAGUUAUACAAUGAGGCUCAUAUUAGGACAC